AUUCAAAUCGAUGGGAUUUGCACCUGGAGGUCAGAACUGCCCUGUCACUGGUCAAGCUCCACACAAGCAUCAGUGAUCCGCGGACAUCUGAUAAUACUGAGCUGUUCGAGCAGCGCUUCUGUGACUGAUAUCGAUCUGUCUGUGAUUGAUCAGAACAUCGCAGGUGAUGGGGAUUCGGCUCGGCUUCAUCUGCUCGGUUCUUCUGCUUCACUGCGUCCACGGAACCCGUGCGGCCGUCUGCAGUCAGGAGCAGUUCAGCUGUGCUAAUGGGAAGUGCAUCACCAGCCGCUGGGUCUGUGAUCAGACGGACGACUGCGGCGAUGGAAGCGACGAGCUGCUGGAGUCCUGCAGUAACAAGAAGUGUUUGUCGAGUCAGUUCAGCUGCGGCGGGCGUCUCAAUCAGUGUGUGUCCACCAGGUGGCGCUGCGACGGGAAGUCUGACUGUGAGAACGGUGCAGACGAGCAGGGCUGUGUCCUGAAGAAUUGCACGGACGAGGAGUUCCGCUGCCGCAGCGGUCAGUGUGUGUCGCUGUCCUUCGUGUGUGACUCUGACUCUGACUGUGAUGACGGCAGUGAUGAGGCGUCCUGUCCUGUGCCCACCUGCGGCCCCGGAUCCUUCCAGUGCAAUAACUCUGUGUGUGUGCCGCGGCUCUGGGCCUGCGACGGCGACGCUGACUGCACAGACGGCUCAGACGAGUGGACACAGAACUGCCCAGGCGGCACGGGUCAGAAGCCUCGGACGGUCUGUCGCGAUCACGAGUUCCUGUGCUCCAGUGGGGAGUGUGUCCACAGCAGUUGGAGGUGUGACGGAGGCAAUGACUGCGCAGACGGAUCAGACGAACACAACUGCACUGUGUCCACCUGCCGUCCAGAUGAGUUCCUGUGUAACGACGGCAGCUGUGUCCCGGGAAUACACCAGUGUGACGGGAAACCUGACUGCCGGGAUCACAGCGAUGAGACGGACUGCACCGUGCAUGCGUGUGCCGGACCGAGCGUGUUUCAGUGUCGCAGUGGAGAGUGCAUCAGAGCAGACCGUGUGUGUGACGGUCAGAGAGACUGCCCCGACGGCUCAGAUGAGCCUCUCACAGACUGCAAUAUUAACGAGUGCCUCACUAACAACGGCGGCUGUUCCCACACGUGCAGUGACCUGAAGAUGGGAUACGAGUGUGUGUGUCCAGACGGAUUCCACCUGAUCAACCGCACACACUGUGAAGACGUGGACGAGUGUGCAGACGCAGACAGAUGCACUCAGAUCUGCAUAAACCUGCCGGGCAGCUUCAGGUGUGACUGUGAAGAUGGGUUUGAGCUGGAUCACAUGACCAAAGACUGCAAAGCAGUAACAGGGUCCAGUGCGUUCCUGCUCUUCAGCACGCAGCACGAGGUCAGGAAGAUGGAGCUGGGCAGCCGGACGUACACGGCUCUGAUCCGCCGGCAGAAGAACGUGCAGGCGCUGGACGUGGAUGUUCACAACAACACCAUCUUCUGGUCUGACAUGAGCCUGAAGAAGAUCUACAGCGCCGCGGCCACUGACCCCGCCCACCCCAGCACUGUGAUUGACAGCCGGCUCUCCCGCCCCGAGGGGCUGGCGGUGGACUGGAUCCACGGAAACAUCUACUGGACAGACAGUGAUCUCCGAACCAUCUCUGUGGCUACGGCUGACGGCAGCAAGCGCAAGACGCUGGUCAGCGAGGGCCUGCAGAAUCCACACGCGAUCGUUGUCGACCCGCAGAGCAAUUUCAUGUUCUGGACGGACUGUGGCGAGCCAGCACGGAUCGAGAAGAGCGGGCUGAACGGAGUGGACCGGACGGCUCUCGUCACAGAAGGCAUCGUCUGGCCCAACGGCAUCACGCUCGAUGUGUUGAGCGGCCGGCUGUACUGGGUCGACUCGAAGCUGCACACACUGUCCAGCAUCAGCGUGAAUGGAGAUGGGCGGCACACACUGAUCCACGGGGAGCAGAAGCUGUGGCAUCCGCUGGCGCUGGCCGUGUUCGAGGAGAAAGUCUUCUGGACCAACAAACACAGUAACAGCAUCUGGAGUGCCAACCGUGUGACAGGACGAGACAUCGCCGCUGUGGCCGAGCACCUGCAGGGUCCGGGAAACAUGGUGCUUUAUCACAGUCUCAGACAGCCUUCUGGAAAGGACUGGUGCAGAGAAGGCGGCGGCUGUGAGUUUCUGUGUCUGCCGGCGCCGCAGAUUAACACACACUCGCCCAAAUACACCUGCACCUGUCCUGAUCACAUGACCCUGGGUGCAGACAUGAAGACGUGUGUGUCCGGUGUGAGCAGCACGGCUCCGAGCAGAACCGCACACAGACGCUCCGGAUCAAUGCCUGACCAUACGGGCUCUCGGAGCGAAAUUAAUGGAGAACAUGAGCCAGUUUCCAGCCCUUCCCAGCAUCCCACAGUCUUGUACAUCACACUUCCAAUCGCCGCCGUGUGUCUGCUGGGGGUCGGCAGUGUGUUGCUAUGGAGACACUGGCGGCAGAAGAACACCAACACCAUCCACUUCACCAACCCAGUGUACCAGAAGAAGACCGACGACACGGUGCACAUCUUCAGGAGCCCCAGUCUGGACGGAUACUCACAUCCAUCGUGUCAGAUGAUCAGUGUGGAUGAAGACGCAGCCUGACGCUCCUCCAGAAGUUCCUCCAGAAGCUCAAGGUCACUUUAAAUGCUGCUCAGCGAGCUGAAGGAAACACUCGUCCACAUGUGCGAAGCGAUCCCAGGAUCCGCCCUGGAUUUAAUCAUGCCUCUAUCAUAUAAGGAAUGUAGAAACACACACACACACACACUCACACUCACACACACUCCUGUCUAACGGACAUCAUCACAGUGAAGAGCAGAAGAUCUCAAACAGAGACUCUUCUGGAGUCUGUGUCUUUGCUACAAACACAACGCUGUUUCAUUUGUGAUUCGUGAGCUUUUAAGAUCCUCUUAUUGAAGGUAUUACCACUUUGUAAUAUUUAAUAUGAUCUUUGUAAAUGUUUAUGAUUAUGUGGAGGGCAGACGGGUGUCUCUCUUCUUGCACUAAGUUUGUUGUCUGUCACAGAUUUUAUUUAUAUUUCUCCUUCACAGACACACUUGAACAGUCUGUUUGACUUUGUUUUGAUGAAUGCACAGCGCUCCUUUAGUAAUAAUGAGAAUGACAGUGCAUUAGUUCUGUUUCAUUCUGUAGACUGCAUCUGGGCCUUAAAUCUGAUCGUGCCUGUGUAAUGUUUGAAUGUGUGAAAAAUCCACGAUGCCUUCAACACGUGAGCGUGAAUCAGUGCUCAGGGUGACCUCUGACCUCACCUGUCCGUUAGAGUCACGUGUUUAUGUUCUGUUGUUGUUGUGCAUGCUCCAGUGCAGCGUGUUAUCUGAAGGAUCGGAGCGUGCUCGCUGUUAUCAGACGAAUGAAGAAUCACUAAUCUGCAGUCUGUCUCUCCUUCAUCACCCCGUCUAAACCCAAGACUUUGUACGAAGAACACUCUUAUUUAUUGUGUAAAUGUACAAUUUUGAGUUUCUUGCUUUUCUUUUGAAUGUGUUGUUUAUCAGAUGCUAUAUAGAAAUAUCGUCCAGAAAUCGAUGUGCACUACAGAGGAAGUGAACCUGCGUCAUUCAGGGACUUUUAUACGUUUAUGAAGGAUGAAACACUAAUGUGGAGUAAAAGUGAAGUCUUGAAUGGAUUCUCAUUCUGUUACUGAUGCGCCAUUUGAGUUCAGUUUGACUGUUGUGAAGAAGGGAUAAACCUGUUGGAGUUUUAAUUCUUUAUCUCAGGACUGGUGGUCCAGUGAUCGGAAUAUAAUGACACCCAAAGAAACAACUCAGCUGUUUUUGACAUUGUUUUUAAAUAAAUGCACAUUUUGAAACCAGAAA